AUGAACGACUUCCAGGAGGCCUACGAGGCAUGGGCAAGCGAUGGUUACCCAUGCCCAGGGUACAACUGGGAUUACGAGGAACAGGACGAGGGGGAGGUUGACGUCACCGCAGAGUACACUGAGGGGCCGGAAGUAGACUGGACGCCGCCACGACUGUAUCACAUGACACAGCACGCAUCGCCGCUUCCACACACAGCCAACCACCACGCCGCUGUCGCGGCCAAGAUGCCGCCCACUUUAAGAACCACCGAGACGUCCAUCUGCCACUCGUUGCCGCCCCCGACAUCGCCACCGACGCCGCCCCCGCCAUAUGGGGUGGAGACAUCACCACAGGCGGAGGAAGCCACGCCCUUCCAGCCCCUGUGGUACAACUGGCACGCGAGGGUGGGGUGGACACGUCAGGCCGAUGCAGACCCGCCGCCUCCGACUCCGCCCCCUGUUGCUGCUCAGGUGCCAACCGAGACCUAA